AUGCCUCGUCCAAUUGUUCCAGCCCAUCAACGCCAAAGAGCAGCAGAAGCCUGCAAUUUGUGUCGCGAAACGAAAAAGCGAUGUAGCGGUACAGCACCUUGUACUCAAUGUGUGCGACGCGGGCUGCAGACGCAGUGUUUUAUUACGUAUGCGCCUAGAGGAUCGAGAACCAGGGCGAGGGCGGAGAGAGCUGCUGCUACGGAACGGAUGAGUAUCUCUUCGAUUCAGAGUGUUCAGCCGGUAGAGGAGGAGAGUUAUCGGCCGCUUUCUCCGUCGCAUUCGCAGCAGGAUGAUGAGAAGGAUGGGCAGGAUGCGACGGCUGCUACGAAUCCGCGGAUGCUCUUGAACUCACGAGGGGAGAGAGUUUACAUUGGCGGCGCUGCAUCUAUAUCGUUCCUUCAAAUUGUUCGCAAUCUCGUCUCUCAACAAAUCGGACCUUCUGCAUUCUCUCACAAUGAGACGAGCGACAAGAUGCUUGAGAUUGAGUCGCCAACUGCCACAACAGAUGACGGGCUCAAUGACCUUGUUCUGGGUCAAGCGCAAAAAGUUCAAUACUUGAACUCUUAUCUCAAAGUGACCGAAGCAUUGAUCCAUGUAUUUGACGAAUCCGAAAUCGAAACUCAUUAUCUUGCCCGCAACCUGGAAUCCCCAGGGCACAGUCUUUCUCCCCUCAAACAAGCCUCAUUCGACCUUGUCAUUGCCAUCGGCGCUCAAUGCGAAUCUCUCUCCAGCUCAAAAAGGGCAGGCCAAGCCUACUUUCGAAAAGCACGCGCUCAAGCAUUCGAAGGGUUUCUUGAAGAUCCCGAUCUCGACAUGGUGCGCACGUUUCUUCUCAUGGCAUUUUACAUGCUUGGUGAGUGUCGGAGGAAUGCUGCAUUUAUGUAUCUUGGUGUCGCUGCCAAGGCGGCUCUUGCUCUUGGGCUCCAUAGUCGGGAGUCUUACGGACAAAAGCCAGAUGCAGGGGAUCAAUCCAAAUUACGCAUUUGGAUGAGUGUCUGUAUCCUCGAUAAGCUCGUCAAUUCACUUCUUGGCCGCCCAUCCGCUUCAGCCCAGAUCCGAUCGGAUAGCAAACUUGACGACGUUGCACAACCGGGUGAUCGAAUAACCGAAUGUUUAAUGGCCGCCAACAAGGUUUCAUCAAUUAUUAACGAAAUAACCGAUACACUUUACGAUCAAAAGAAAGUUACGACGGCAAUAGUAGAACAGUUCCUUCAGGAUAUUGAGCGAUGGAAACGUGAUCUUCCUGCGUCGGUUAGAAUAUCAGACGGUGCACAGCAUGGAACCAUCGCCAAGGUGCAUGUUUCGUGUUUAUACUAUCUAGCGGUUAUGCUGGUGUCGAGACCAUUCUUGAUAUCGACUCUUACGGCGAAACCGCUCGGCAAGGGUGCUCAUUCACAGUUGGCGGCUGCUUGUCUUGAUGCUGCCAUGUAUUUGUCGCAGACUUGUGUGGAGGCGUUGAAUGCUGGUCUCUUACAAGGAAAUAUGUGUAUUAUGAAAGCUCUUGUGUUUGCAUCUGGAUUAGUCCUCGGCUUGGAAAUAUUUGCCAAAUAUCCCGUCGAAUCCGACAUCAACAAUGCUUUUGAAGGCGCGAAACAAGUCCUCAAGCAUCUAUCUACGCAAAGUCCCCAAGCCGCUCACUAUCUCGAUAUUCUCACGACGUUAUCUGGCGCCAUCGAUAAGCGACGCUCAACCGAAUCAUCCACGGGCAGGAGUCGAUACGUGUCAAAGCUGUUUAGUUUGGAUGCACCAAAGAGCUCACAAGAUGUUCAUGAGUCGUUGGAUAAUAUGUUCCCGCUUACAGAUGUUCAGCCUGGGGUGGUUGAUGAUGCGAUGCAGGAUUGGGUAUUCCAAGAGCCGGAUGGUGGUGAUUUUAGUUUGGAUUGGGAGACUUUGAAUGUUUCUCUAUGGGAUACAUAUCCGUUUCUGUCAUGA